AUGGACUAUUCGAGGCUACGAGCCGCCGCUAUGCGGGACGGCGAGGAUGAAGAGGCCGUCACCGUCGACACCCGAGCCCUGAUCGACAAGGUCCUCGCCAGAUACUCCGGAGAGUGGACGACGUUGCGAGAGCUCAUUCAGAAUGCCGCCGACGCCCAGGCUACGACCGUCAGCGUCAAGUGGGAGACGCUCCCCUCGACCCAAGUCCCCCUACCCGCGAAUCCGAACCGCUCCGACAUCCUGAAGCACGUUCUAUCCAAUCACACCCUGCGCCGGCUCGUCGUCCAAAACGAUGGCCAGCCUUUCACAAAGACGGACUGGGGCAGGCUAAAGCGCAUCGCCGAGGGCAACCCUGACGAGACCAAGAUUGGUGCUUUCGGUGUCGGCUUCUACAGUGUCUUUGCGGAUUGCGAGGAGCCGUUUGUCAGCUCUGGGAACGAGGCCAUGGCGUUUUACUGGAAGGGGAAUGCUCUGUUUACCAAGAAGUCUCACAUUCCAGCAGACCAGGCUACUCCCCAUACCACCUUUGUCCUCGAUUACCGAAACACGACGACCCCUUUGCCGAAUCUCCUAUCCGUCAGUCAGUUCCUGGCAACGAGUCUGACUUUCGUAGCACUCGAGAAGAUCGAGUUCUGGAUCGAUGACUAUGAGAUCCUAUCACUCAGAAAGAAGUCCUCCCCCAGCGUGGAUAUGCCCUUGCCCCGUGACCUAGAGGCAAGGACCAAGGAAGGCCUCAUGAAGGUGACGAGCGUCGACCGCACCAGCACCCAGAUUGAUGCGUCGUACAUGGCUGCCAUUGGCUGGAAGCCUCAAGCCUCGUCUUCAGUCACAAAAUCUGCUGAAGCCUACGGUGCCCCUGAAGCACCUUCAUUACGGUCCUUCUUUGCUCGCUUAACCUCAACUGCCUCACAAGCUACCCUCAAGUCAAAAACACAAAACGAGGAGAAUGCGGCGCAAGUGACCAUCUCGGAGGAUGUAACUAAGCUUUCAUCCUCAACCAUCUUCCUUCGGUCAACUUCUGCAUGCAUCAAGACCAAUGUCACAGCCUCAUUUGCAUCAGAACUCGAGCGUGCCACCAAGAAGCCUCCACCCAGAACUACGAAGCUUGCCAUCUUGACUUCAUCAUACGACGAGUCUCAGGCUUCACAAGACGCUGCAGCUUCUGGCGCCGUCGGCAAGGCCACAGAUGUGUUUGCUUCUGUCCUUCCAAGCAAGAAGCCUGGUGGACGCAUCUUCAUUGGUUUCCCAACCAUGCAGACCACUGGAGCUGGGAUGCACAUUUCAGCCCCUUCGGUAAUCCCGACCGUUGAAAGAGAAGCCAUUGACUUGAAUGCGCGAUGGGUCAGAACAUGGAACGUCGAGAUUCUGCGUGCUGCGGGCAUCAUCACCCGCCUUGCGUUCUCGAACGAAAUGAGCGACCUCAGCAGCCGAGUGAAACAAGCCACCGACAAGAAUGGCCGUAUCACACCGGCCGUCAUCAACAAGUUUAUGCCAGAGGCUCUUCAUAUUCUCAAGACGUUCACAUUUGGUGACUCAACGCCCAGCGGACAGGUUGGACAGAUCAUCGAGGAAGCUUUCUGGAUUUGUUUCAAGAAAGCCACCAUCGAAAUGUACUCAAGUGGAGGAGUCCUACAAACAUCCCAAGUUCGCAUCGCCUCAGACGAGAUGAGCAAGUUUGUGGAUAGCAUCCCAGUCAUUCCCAAGGAGUUGAAAGACAUUCCCUUCGUGAGGAAAAUUAUAGACUAUGGUCUGGUGACUCAUAUCACGGUCACGGACGUGAAGCAAGAACUGGAGGCCAAGGCCAUGAACAGGGUCCAGUUAAUGAACUUCAUUAGUUGGGCUGGGAAGAAGAGUUUGAGUGGUGAACUUGACCCCCCUAGUCGAUCAGCUUUGCUCGAAGUCGCCGUUGGCACGAUGAGCGAUGACGGAGAACAAGGCGAAAUCAUUGCCCUUGGCAGCAUCCAAUACCAUCUGAGCAUGAACAAGAUCCCUGCACACAUGCCCAUCCCGCCGACGACCAUUCCUCAGGCUUUAACAGCCAACUCCAAUGUUCCAGAGUUGCAGGCUUUGGGCUGGGAGCCGCUCGAAGUUUUGCCUUGGCUGAGGUUUCUCCUUGAGACGAGCAAUUCUCGAUCAGAGGAAACAAGUCUCACAAGAUCCCCUACUUUUGCUGCCCAGGUAUUGCUGGUGCUCUCCAAGAACUGGGAUAACAUCGGCAACAUUCCCAGGGCGAGCGUGGUAUCCCUCCUCCGAGCCAACACGGUGAUGCCAACAAAACUCGGCAUGAAGAAGCCAGAAGAUUCAUUCUUCCCCUCUGUCAAGCUCUUUGAUGAUCUGCCCGUUAUCCAAGGCUGCGACAAACUGAAGGAGAAGUUGCUGGUAGCCAUUGGAGUUCGGAAGACCGUCGAUCUUGAGACAAUCUUCACGAGACUGCUCAAUGCUUCGAGCGAUUCGGGGCAGAAGAAGUGGAGCCAUGUUGAGCUCGUCAAGUACCUUGCCUCAGUUCGCGAGGAUAUUCCUACUGCUGAUUUGCUCAAAUUGAAGCAGACACGCUUUUGCCCGGCCGAAGCGGGCCCGAAAGGCAUGGAGCCUACCAAGGGAACGGAUACGCUAUACAAGGUAUCCGAGCUCUUCGAGCCCAAGGAUUCACUUCGAGCUCUCCAGUUGACAAUUUUACAAUGGCCCGGUCCUCCUGGCAGCUACCGACCGAGCAGUGUGGAGGCCCGGUUCUUAUCGAAUCUAGGCCUCCGACCUCACCCUGCUGUCCCGGAGCUAGUCGACAUGAUGUCAAGCAAGGAUGAGGCCCUCAGAGUCUCAGCCAUGACAUACUUUGUCGCUAAUCACCACACAAACCGGUAUGCGUCGUUCAACCUCGGCGACAGCCGCAAGGCUUUCAUGCCGCUAGAGGGAAGUUCCCAGCUCGUCGCGCCGUCGCAAUGUUUCUGGAAUCCUCGAGCAUCUGUCCUUGGGUUCCAUGUCCUGCGAAAGGAUCUCCAUGAUCACGCUAACAAAUUCGGCGUUGCAAGAGAUCCGCCCAUGGUCGAUUGUGUCAACCGCCUCUUGUCCAAUGUGCCCAAGGACCAACACAAUGCCACCAUUUUGUUCAGUUACUUUGCCUCUCGUAUCACUGAGCUGGGCGAAAACGGCAAGGCCAAGCUGAGAAACGCCCUGAUUGUCCCCAUUACUCGAACCACUAAAUCUCGAACGUCUGAGAAGUCGACUUCCACUGUGUCUUACAUUACCCCAUCCAGCGCGUACCUGGGCAAAUCCACAACAUAUGGCGAUAUUUUCGACUUUGUCGACUUUGGGCCUGAUGCCAAUACCUUCUUAUUCCAAUGCGGAGCCAAGAGCGAGCCAACCAAGCUCGAGGUUGCACAUAUGGCAUGCAGCGAACCAGCACGGCUUCUCAGCGUGUUGCAGAGCCCUGAAAAGUACCUCGACUUGCUCAAGUCUCUUGCAGAGGCAUCUUCAACCCUUCACCGGGAUAAAGAUCUUUGGCGAAAGAUGCGAGCAGCGUCCUUCCUCCUCGCGUACAAGGAACUGGCAACUCCCAAGGGAAAGCUAGACGAUGAGGACGAAGACGAGGCUCCCAUCAGGCAGUACCAGCUGGCCUCUGCCAGUCAAAUUGUGGUGCAAGACGACAUCAUCAGCUAUCGUCUCUUCAAGGAUCGCCUCAUCUGCGCUCCUGAGGAAGAUGCUCUUGAGGACUUUUACAUGGCUCUGGGAGCCCAGAAGCUAAGCAGCAUCGUCCAAGAGGACAUCCGAAUCGGACCACACAGUGACAGGCAAAAGGCGUCUCAAGCGCUCCGGAAACACGUCAUUGAGAGAUCCAAAAUCUUUCUCUACGAGUACGCAAGCUACCGGCGUGACACUAUCAAACACGAUGCGAAAUGGCUUGACAAGAAUCUUACUGUCGAGGUUGUCCGUUCAGUGGCUCUACGACGCAGUCUAAAGAGCCAAAGUCAGUCUCAUACGGAGAAGCGGUCCGCUGCGAGCGCCAAGGGUGCCGGCAGUUGGGUUCUUUAUGUCACUGAUGAGGGGAAGCCUGAUAUGUACCAAAUUGGACAGGCCAUCUGCCAAAUGCUUCUAAGCCGCCCGAAUCAGCAAGCGUAUCUGUUCUUCGAGCCAUUUCUCACCCUGGAUUUGUAUGGGUUGAGGGCUCGUGGAUACAACGUGGAUCGAAUUCUCCGCGCCAAGGCCGCUGAGGCAAGGAUUGCUGAGGAGGAACGACGCAAGGCACUGGAAGAUGAGCAGCGCAGAAUCCAGGAGACGGAGCAAACAUGGUCGACUCAGAAUCACGCAAUUACUGAAGCGAAGGCUGCCGAAGCGGCACGCGAAGUCGCAAGAACGCCAGAGCACCCAAGCACCAUGAUGCCUGGUUCUUGGGAUUCCCCUGAGGACAACAAGCCUGCGCAGAAUCAGCAGUCAAGGAAACCUAGGGGUCUGUUCUCUAACUUGACUCGUCGGCUUGGCUUCGAUCCUCAGGAUGAGGACGAAUCCCAUCAGCAAGUGGAGAAGUUCCUGGACAAACCCAACCAAGCCGGCCCAUCCUCUGGUGGCAGCUCAUCGAACACUGGCAGCACCCCGCAACGACCUCAGAAGGACGAUGGAAAUGUCACCAACCCAGCCUUGGUUCAGCAGAACCUUUUGAAUGCCGUCAACUCAACCCGAGCAUACGGAUCUAGCAGCGUCUUCUCUGAGCCCCAGGUCAACGAAGUCAAGGAACAAGCUACAUACUGUGACAGCAAACCCGCCCACAACAUCGCAUUUGUUGCAGAGGCCUCGAAUGGCAUGAAAGUCUUUGUUUCGAAGACCUUGUCGACGGAUCCAACCCAGUUUUUGUCAUCGAAUAUUGCGGCUAUCAACUCCUUUGCCAGCCUACUAGUCGAUAUCGGUAACAUCUACUCGCUGUCGCCUAAGGUGCUUCACAUCUUCUACGAUGAAGCCGGUGGCACGAUUGCAUUCAACACAGGAGGCAGUAUCUUCUGCAACUUCAGGUUCUUCUUACAACUUCAUGCAAGGCAAAUAGAGGGACCUCGGCCGGGCGAAGCGAAGGCUGAGGCGGCAACUUGGUGGUGGGUUGUGUUGGCUCACGAGCUAGCACACAACCUUGUCUCGCCUCACAACUCUGAUCACAGUUACUAUACCGAGUCGUUUAUCCAGCAGUACUUUGCCAAGAUGGUUGCCAAGACGAUGCAGUGGAUGGCAGAGAGCCCUACACCGCCAUCCCGAGCCCCAUCACAAUCCCAGGCACCGCCUCCGUAUUCGAGGGCACCUAGAAGCCUGCUAGACUAG